ACCAGCAUGGAGGGACCCUGGGUAGGCAACUGGCGACCUCAUCCCCGACGGGGCCCAAUCCUUGCAGAAUUCAGCACCCCAGGUCCCAAGUACUGGCUCCCUGGGACAACAGGUCAUAUGGCUCAUGAUCCCACCAAAGACAGAGCCCCUGCAUUCUCAUUUCGAGGGACCAAAGCUCCCUCCACAGACACCUGCUCACCAGGUCCUCGGUACUUCAUUGAAUCAUCCAUCACCAAGACUGGGAAGCAGAUGGCUCCAUCAGCACUUGUGACAGCACGUCCCAAGAUCAGGAUUUUCGCCACCCCUGGACCCAGUGACUACCGCACGGAUCGUGCCAACAGACUCAUCUUCCAUACUGCACCGUCCAAUCUCAUGGUGUUCCGGCCCAAGGACUUGAAAAGGUUCCGAACACCAGGUCCUGGCACCUAUACCUUGCCCAGGAUUCUGGGACCCAACACAGCAUACACUCAUGCUGAACCAUGCUACUCCAUGAAGGGGAAGAGUCAAUACCAGAGCUGUUUUCAAGAUGUGGCAAAGACGCCAGGUCCUGCAGCAUUUGACAAGGUGGAUCUGGAUGUCUACAAAACCAAGGCUCCCAGGUUCUCAAUGGGACUAAGAACCAAAGUUCCUGGAAAGGGAGCGUUUCCAGGUCCAGCAGACUACAACACCCUGGGAAAGGUUGCACUGAUCAAGGCCCGGGAUCCUGCUUACACUUUUGGACUACGACAUUCUCUCUACAAAGCUUCCAUAAUACCUGCAACACAUGUUGAUUAA